AUGAUGGUUUUGUGCCUGCUUAUCUGGUCAGGCGUGUCACAAUCAAGGGCAAUUUUAUAUCAGUCGAUUUUCAUCCCUCCGACAUCCUCACACAGCGUGACAACUUCAGAUUCCAGACAACCAAAACGCUGGACAACUUUCUCUACACACCUGGAUGACAGCACCUGCAGAUCCAUCCGCAGUCACGCCGGUGGCUUGCAGUCCACGUGGAGCGGAUACCUAUCGUUAGGCCAUUCUACCAUUUCAAAUGAAAUGACAGACCCAUCAGAUACACACGAGCUGGAAAUGGACAACAGGAGCCGGCCGGGUCACAAUGGAAAUGACGACACGAACAACAGCCAAACUGGGACAACUCGCCUCGUCGAAACUGGGGUCCAUCCUGGGCCUGCCACAUCAUUGCGAGUAGGCCACGAUGGCGAACAGGCUCAGCCGCUCGAAAUCGAUGGUGGAGAACCUCAAAAUGGCCGAACCGCCUGGCUACACGCUGCUACUGGAUUCCUCGUCGUGGCAAAUUGCUGGGGAAUUGGCAAUGCUUGGGGACUAUUCCAGGCAUACUAUGAGAUCGUAUACUUGCAUGGCACACCACCUUCCUCAAUUGCCUGGAUUGGCAGUACCCAGCUCGCCUUGGUCUUUGGUCUGGGAUUUCCCGUCGGGAAACUUGUCGACAUGGGCUUUUUCCAUACGGUCUUCCGUACUGGGAGCUGUCUGAUGGUCCUUGGAAUCUUUUGCACUGCGUGGUGUAAAAGCAUGGCGACCUUGUGGGUUGUUCAAGGUCUGGUGACAGGCAUUGGGAUGGGAUGUGUGUUCUGCUCUGGAAUUACUGUGAUGAUGACUUGGUUCGACGAUAGUCAUAUCAGCAUUGCCUUUGGGUUCGCAGCUGCCGGGAGUUGCGUAGGAGGCAUCGUCUACAUCUUGCUGGUUCGAUAUAUACUUGUGCAGCAAGGCUUUCCGGCGACCAUGAUUGUCAUUGGCGCCAUGGCAACGGUCACGAUGAUCCCGGCGAAUGUGGUGUUCCGAAUCAGAGAAGAGAAACCUACCGAGAAGCCAUCAUCACCCUUCGUUUGGCGAACCUAUCUCGAGCCGUCAUAUGUCCUUGCUGCCGCAGGGAUGUUCUUUGCCUUCAUGGGAGUCUACUUCGGAUUCGUGUACAUGGUUCUCUACGGCGUAACUGUUCUCCACCUAUCGAACCGCGCAGCAACUGACCUGCUGAUCUUCAUGCUUACGGCCAACUUGCCUGGGAGAUUCAUACCCGCAUUAAUAAGCGACAAGUGGAUCGGACCACUGAACACUAUAGGACCCUGCGCAUUGCUCAGCAGUAUUGUGCUAUGGGUCUGGACUGCGGUUGAUACAAACCGCCUAGGCUUGACCGUCAUUGCUUGUGUUUACGGCUUCGUUACAGCCGGCGUACAGGUCAUGUACGUUUCCACUGUCUACGCCUUCUGUACGGAACCUGGAGAUGAGGGGAUUGAAAUGUCUCCCGGAGGAGUCGCAUCGACACGUCGUGCCAAGCCGAGACUCAGGUUCGAGGGGAUCGGUAUGAGAGCCGGUGGGCUUUAUACUGCUAUCGGUCUUGCUUGCUUGAUCGGUACACCCAUCGGCGGAGCCUUGAUCUCCUACCGGACMGAUAGGGGCUUGUCGAAUCCCUAUCUGGGAGCACAGAUCUUCGCCGGCUCGUCGUUGCUGCUGGGUGGACUCCUACUACUUGCGAGCAGGGUGUCAAAGGUCGGAUGGCGGAUGAUCAAAGUGUAG